GUAGAGAUUGGGAGUGGCCGGUUUGCUUUUCAGGUAGCUCGUCGUUUUUUCCAGGUAACCAGGAGGUGCAGCAGGUAAAAUUUCCGGUUCAGAGAGAAAUCUAGACAAAUUAUCUGCAGACAUCAUGGGAUCUUUAUGGGAUGACUUGGAAAGCCUUGUGGAUGCUCCUUCCUCUUUCUCAGCAAAAAGUGGAGAGCGAGGAACCAUCAAGCCCAAAGCAAACUUUGAUGCAGAUCAGGAUGCUGCAGCUCUGAAAAAGGCCAUUGAAGGACUUGGCACGAAUGAGAAGAUUGUGAUUGAGAUUCUGACCACCAGAAGCAGCGCUCAGAGACAGCUCAUCUGUAAAGCUUAUGAAAAAGCCACCAGCAGAACAUUAGUGAAGGACCUGAAAGGGGACACCAGUGGGGACUUUGAGGAGCUGCUCAUGGCGCUCAUCACUCCUCCUGCUGAGUACGACUGCCAUGAAGUAAUGCGGGCCAUGAAGGGAGCUGGAACCAAAGACAAAGUCUUGAUUGAAAUCUUUGCCUCCAGAUCUAAUCAACAAAUUAAAGCUCUCAGUGAUGUCUAUUUCAAAGAAACCAAAAAACAGUUGACAGCUGCCCUGAAGAGUGAAGUUUCAGGAGACUAUUCCAAAGCGCUGCUCCUCCUGGCUCUGGGUAAGCGGGAUGAGAGCACCACAGUGGAUGUCAACAAGGCAAGAGAAGAUGCCAAGGCUCUUUACAAUGCCGGGGAGAAGAAGUGGGGCACUGAUGAAGCUAAAUUCAUUGAAAUCCUCUGCAAUAAAAGCAUUCCUCACCUGAGACAAACUCUGAUUGAAUACAAGAACAUCAGUGGAAAGACCCUGCAGCAAAGCAUUGAAGGGGAGAUGUCAGGAGACCUGGAGAACCUGCUCGUGGCUGUUGUGAAAUGUGUGAAGAGUGUACCAGGUUACUUUGCAGAACUCCUGCAUGAGAGCAUGAAGGGUGGAGGAACUGAUGAGUCCACUCUGAACCGGAUCAUGGUGAGCCGGUCUGAGAUCGACCUGCUGGACAUCAGAGCCGAGUUCAAGAAACUCUACGAACACUCGCUGCUCUCUGCCAUUCAGUCAGAUCUGUCGGGCGACCACUGUGAGUGUGUGAAGGCCAUCUGUGGAGGAGACGAUUAACCGAGGGUUCACCUGAAGACGAGAAGAAACCUGCUUUCUCCUUCACGCUUGUGUCAUUCACGUCUGCCUCUCUUUUUUGUUUAUUCAGCCUACUAAAUCACAACUUGUUUACAGUCUCAGCUAGACAGCUGUAAAAGGCAGAUGUUGUAUGGAAGCACUGCGAAUUUUAUAGCCAGGUCAGCUGAGAGAUGUCGGCUCAAGUUUUAAUGUAAAUUUCAAUUCUGAUUGUGGUGGAAAUUACAAGACGACUGCUAAAAAAAAUAUCUUGGAGAUUGACAUGUUGUUUCUUUUACUUUAUAGAAGCUUCUGUCAUUUUAUUUCAAUUGUAAAAUCUAGCCAUACAGCAUCUGUGUAACCCUGUUUCUUAAAUUUGCACACGAAGAAGGAUGUAAUAAAAAUAAAGAUUUGGUGGUGCAGUUUCUCUGUCUUAUUGAUUAACUAGCCACGUGUAGAAUAUUUAAUCUAAUUUGCACAUAUUUCCAUUGCAGCAGUUUUUAGCAUACAUUAAAAUGUGCAUCCUUUCUGAAAUCUUUGAAAUUAAUCAAGUAGAAAUGGCUCCUCUGUGCUGUAACUGUUAAUCUAUUACUGAAUGAAUAAUAAAGAAAUUGUCAUGUAAAGCAGUUAAUUAAGGGAAAGUAAUAAAUAUCAGCUCAGAAUAGGUUUGGAAUUGUUUUCUUGGUGUCUCUGACAUCUGCAUAUUUACUCACAAAUAAAAUCACUGUGGAAAA